AUGGAGGAUUACUCAGAAGAAGAGGCUGAAGAAUACAACACGUCUGAGGUAGAUUGGGGAGAAGAAGCUGACCAGGAUUGUUGGGACGAUGGAGAUGACCACACUGAAGGUCAUUGGUGCGCAGACUCUGUUCCAGAGUAUGUCCCAAACGAUGAACAAGAAUACCCAGAGGUGGAACCAGAAUCAAUGGACCGGUAUUCAACUUGCUAUGGUCCCAAAUCCCAACUCAUCUAUGAGGAUAGUUCUGAAGGGAAAUAUUAUUCUCAAGCGUGUCCUAGAAGAGAAAAGACCACCGUGGCUGCACCAUCAAGAUCUUAUCAUGGGAGUCUAUCAAGACAUGCUCACAGCACGCCAUGGAACUACAAUGGAGAUCAGUUUUAUCAGAAUCGCUUGGCUGCACCAUCUAUACAUUUUUCUGGUCAUAAGCAAGGACCAAGUGCAUAUCUAAGGUGGGAGGACGACAUGGAGCAAUGGUUUAUAGCUUGGAGAAUUCCAGAGAAGCUAAAGCUAACUUAUGCGAAGGAUACCUUAACCGGAGAGGCAUACAAUUGGUGGAGUCAGCUAGAUGCUGAUAGGAUCUAUUUCAAUGAUCCGGCUUUUACUUGGAAAGAGGUUAAGAUGCUCAUGUAUAGUGAGUUUGUGAAGAAGGCAAAAUACAUUCAGAAGGUGUCCACAAGGAGAUUAAUAAAGCACCAAGUCUUGCAACCCACAGUUCAGAGAGAAGUUGUUUCCCAAAGACAAAGUUCAAGGCCAGUGCAUCCACCUCAAGUCAAACGAAACCAAGGUGAGCACUCUAACUCUUUAAAACCAUCUGAGGUUAUUUGUUAUAGGUGUCAAGGCAAGGGCCAUCUAGCAAAGGAUUGUCCCACAAAACGAGUUGUGAAGUCAGUACUAUCUGAAGCAAAAGAAACAAACUUGGAGGUAAGUGAUUCCGAUACUAGAAUUGAUGAUUCCUUUUCUAGAAUGGAUAAACAUAUUGAUGAUCUUAUCAACUUGAUUAAAGCUAGAUCUACUUCUGUUUCUAGUAAUUCCAUGACUGUCUUAACACACUUGUCUAGUGCCCAAAAGGUUAAAAACAUUUCAGGUACUAACAUGGAAAUCAAGGAACAAGAACCCAACCUUGCUGCGCAAGCAAGUUCAACACUUGAAAAUUCUCAAGUCCCAACUAAUGAUAAGGUGAUUUCUGAACUUAAUGUGACUAAUCGUAACUAUCAAAACACUGGGAUGAUGCACUUGUACUCUGUCCAGAAUGUUUAUAAAGGUCUAGGUAAUGAGGAGAUACGUCCAGAAGCUCAACAACAAGAGAAUAAUGAGCAAUCUAUCCUAGAGACCUCUACACCAGCUGAUCAUGCUUAG